UUUAAGAGGCAUUAUCUGCAAUCCAGCACUCGAUUCGAGCAACUCAGGACAACAUGUCUGCUCGUUUUCGGCAACCGAACAGAAGUUGAAAACAAGCGAGAGACCGAAUGAAGAAAAAAACGAAGAGAGGGAAAUGGAUUUGAAUUUAUACGGAUACGAAGACAAUUAUAGCGACACGACAAACAAAAUGGUGACCGAACACGAAUCAAGUGUGUCUUCGAUCGACCUAGAAACUUUUGAUAACCAUUUUUACAACGGUUUCGUAGUGAAUCAACAUCAAGAUUCAAAUGAAGCUUUGGAGUCGGCUCAAACUGUUAAGCUGAACAUGGUGAACGCUUUCGACCAAAUGAACUGCCAAAACUUAAAGUUCAAUUUAUUAGAGCAAUUUCACUUUGGGUCGAGAUCCGUUGCAGCAGGGCAGGUUCCCGAGUGGUUGAGCCCUGGAGUUCGGAGUGGCCCUGUUUCUGUAUCCAACGUUCCCGGAGGUCAGCUGAAACCCGCAACCGCAUCACAAAACUCGCAUGCAAAUUUUAUCAUGUGCAGAUUCUGUCGCAAAGUUUUUCCCCGAAGUAGUAACUUAAAUCGACAUCUCCGAACUCACACUGGAGAGAAACCUUUCGUGUGUAACUACUGCAACAGAGCCUUCAGUAUAUCGGGUGAUCUGCAGAGACAUGUGAGGGAUACUCACAAACAGCAGAAACGCUUCAAAUGCAAGUUGUGCAGCAAACCCUUCGGACAGCUUGUUAACUUGAAACGACAUUUACAGAAACAGGACCAUAAACACCCUUGCUCCUCCCCUUCCACCUCAGCCCUCAUGGUUGUGUCACGUGAUACCACACCCGAACUCACACCUUCAGCCAAAGGAGUCCACGCGACAUUCGGGUCAUUCGCGAAAGGAAUCAGUCUCAGGACACCGGCAACAUUUCAAAGUGCUACAGCUACCCACUUAAUGCCAACGGCAGGCGACAUCGGUGCAUUUUUGGACACGUCUACUUUGCAAAGCCAUGGAGGCUACCCUUGCUCUUCAACACAAUUAGCUCGCACGAUGUCAGUGAUUCGUCCCCACCCGGAAAAAAUGUCCCACUGCUCUACUGACUUUUAAAAUAACUUUUAAUUUCAUACGCUAUUAAAUUGUAUCUACCUCUAAAAGUUCAGUUUAACUAGUUUGCAGCUAUUUUCAUUGCCUUAAUGCACCAAUACUUUUCAUUGCCUUAAUGCACCAAUACUUAAGAGCCUUUUACACAACACUUUUUAAAGCCUUGUCAGCGCUCUAUCUCACUCUAAAUUAUAAAAUAUAUUUUGA